GGGAGGAAUACGGUUUGUUGUUUUGUUUUGAAAGAUCAUCAUCAUCAUCAUCAUCAACAACCAUUUACCCUAAUUCCAUCGCUUUUUGAAUCUUCAUUGAAUCAUACUCAAUUGAUCCAACGCUGAUGGGAAAAUUGUCAUUUAAGGAUUCUCUGAAAGCUCUUGAAGCUGACAUCCACUUCGCCAACACGCUCGCCUUACAAUGCCCAAGGGACACCGACGGGGCUCUUUUACAGAUGAGAUUAUCCUACACUUCUGCCGCCCAAUUUUUGCUUUUCCUCCUUCAGUGGACCGACUGUAAUCUUGCGGGUGCUCUUGGUUUACUUAGAAUUCUUAUCUAUUUCAAUUAUGUCGAUGGAAACACAACCAUGUCUGUCUAUGAAAGGAAAUCUAGUCUUAGAGAAUUUUAUGGGGUUAUAUUUCCUUCUCUUUUGCAACUUCAAAGUGGAGUUACCGAUUUGGAAGACAGGAAACAAAAAGAUAUUUGCAAUAUCAAAUAUAAAAGAAAGGAUGAUUUGGAUAGAGAGAAACUCUCUGAAGUCGACAUCGAAAGAGAAGAGGAGUGUGGCAUUUGCUUGGAGAUUAACAGCCAGGUUAUAUUGCCUAAUUGCAACCAUUCUUUGUGUUUGAACUGCUACCGGGACUGGCGUGAGAGGUCUCAAUCUUGUCCCUUUUGCCGAGAUAGUCUUAAAAGGGUAAAUUCUGGUGACCUUUGGAUUUAUACAGAUAAGUCUGAUAGUGUUGAUUUAUCCUUAAUUUGGAGAGACAAUUGUAAGAGGCUUUACAUGUACAUUAGUAAGUUGCCUCUUAUUGUCCCCGAUCAUAUGAUCAUUCCAAUUAAUUCUCAUGUUAAGUGACAUUUUUCUGGUGCUGGAACUGGGAACUUUUAAUAUAUGAUAAUCAACAAAUGUACAUAUUCUGAAGGAUAUUUGAAAAUGUAAAUGGCUUUUAAAAUAAAUGGGUGGAUCGUAGCUUGAAAA